CAUGGAUUCCUGGGUCACAUGCGUGGGUUUCCUAGCCAGAAGCAGCAGAAGAUGUUCGGACCAAAAAUCCUGAGCCAUUUUCAUUCAAGAAAAAGAGAGGAUCCGCUGUGAAGGGCUUGCUGAGCGGGUGGUCUGACUACACCCGUCUGCUCAUUUUGGCUUUUCAAAAAAAAAAGAAAAUCUCAUCUGUGCGCUUCUGAUUUCUAUUGAGAUUCGCAGCAAACCGGUUUUGUCCACAUUCAUAGACUGAUAACAGGAAUGAGUAUAGAAAUUCCUGAAGGACUGACGGAGCUGUUACAGAGCUUUACCGUGGAAGUGUUGAGGAAUCAGCCCAGGGACUUGCUUGAGUUUGCGUUACAGUACUUCACCCAGCUUAAGGAGAGCGAGACCAAAGAGGCCUCAUUUGGCAAUGACCAAAAUUCGGCCCCGAGACCUGGGAAAGCGGUCAAUUUCAUUGACGAAGCCAUGCAGAUCGAUUCGGAAAACGGAGAGGAGGACGACGACGAUGACGAGGAAUUCAUAGCCCCUGUGAUAAACAGAUUCAUCCGAAGAGCAUCAGUGUGUGCUGAAGCAUUCAAUCCUGAUGAAGAUGAUGAGGAUAAAGAGCCACGGGUCACUCACCCUAAAACUGAUGAGCAGAGGCAAAGACUACAGGAAGCAUGUAGGGACAUUCUUCUGUUCAAGAAUUUGGAUCCUGAAGAGAUGUCUCAGGUGCUGGACGCCAUGUUCGAGAAGUUCUGCACAGAAGGGGAACACAUCAUUGAUCAAGAUGACGAUGGGGACAACUUCUAUGUUAUCGAAAGUGGCACGUUUAACAUUUUCGUGAAGAUUGAUGGCAUGGAAAAGUUGGUGGGCUGCUAUGACAACAGAGGCAGCUUUGGAGAACUGGCGCUGAUGUACAACACCCCCAGGGCAGCCACAAUAAUCGCCACUUCACCUGGAGCCCUUUGGUGCCUAGAUCGUCUGACAUUCAGGAGGAUCAUAGUGAAAAACAAUGCCAAGAAGAGGAAGCUGUAUGAAGCAUUCAUUGAAACACUACCCCUGCUUACAUCUUUAGAGGUGUCAGAGAGAAUGAAGGUAGUAGACGUGCUGUCCACCAGGGUGUACAGUGACUCACAGCAGAUUAUUGCUCAGGGUGAUUUAGCAGAUUGCUUCUACAUUGUUGAAUCUGGCCAAGUUAGAAUCACUAUGAAGAGAAGCCGGACAAAAACAGACCAAGAAGAAGAGGAGGUGGAAAUCGCUACAUGCUCCAGGGGCCAGUAUUUUGGGGAGCUGGCUCUCGUCACAAACAAACCCAGAGCCGCAUCUGCCUAUGCUGUGGGCAGUGUCAAAUGCUUGGUCAUGGAUGUUCAAGCCUUUGAGAGAUUGCUAGGCCCAUGCAUGGACAUCAUGAAGAGAAACAUUGCUAACUAUGAGGAGCAGCUGGUGACCCUGUUUGGCAGUAGCCCUGAAAUUGAGCAACAGACUGCAUGAAGUGACUGCAAUGGACUGUGAAUGAGCGGAUGGAAAAAGGCUUGUAACCACUUAAACAGCUUUUCUUACAAGAAAUGUGAAUAUCCACCUACAUAAACCAUUUGAGUGUCAGAUAUAUAAAACAGACAUGGUCAGAUUCCCUUGAGACAAGGUUCAUUUUAUUAGAGUUUGCCACAGAAAGUUAUGACUGAAGUAAGCCAAAGCAGAGUUGCUUAAAGCUUGUUUUACAAAGAAAAAAAACAAACAAAACCAUUUCCCGCAGCACUCACCUUAAAAAUGUAAGUGUACAUUUUACUUGUCAGUGUCAGGUGCAUUGUUUGCUUGUAAUUUGAACAUUUUUCUUAACUUUCACAUUUUCUCCACAGUGUUAUAGCCACACAUACAAUAUUAUAUCAUUUGUAAAUUUCUAAACAUUAUGUGUCAAAGUCAAAAGCCAAAGCUAAUUUCUUACUGAAUAAGUGUGAGCAAAUGUCACAUGUACAAGAGCCCAAACCAGAGAAAGGAUGAACGGUUUGUAAAGGAUAACCUCUUUGACAUUUUGAUUACAAAAGACUUGGCAGUACCUUAAAACUUUUACAAAAAUAUAUUCCUGUUUAUCAUAAGAUCGAGUCCCUUGAAUACAUGCUCAUAAACCAUGGAUCACUGUUGCUAAGUGUUUGUGGCCGUUAGCCGAAUACUAAGCUUUUCUUUUUCAAAAAAGCAACGCUCAGAGAGAUAGCUGAUAGUUUUGUAACAAUACACAACACAUUGCUGUACAAUUUUAAAACUGAGUAUUUACUGUUAUUAUUAUUAUAGGCCCACUUUAAACUUAAUGAGCUGCCCAACAAGACAGUAGUCACUAUAGGCAACUUCUUAAGGCAACUAAGUUUUCUGUGUUUCAAUGUAAAAUUGAGGUACUACUGUUUUUGCAUAGGUGAAGCAUACAUUAUUAUGACAUCCAUUGUUGCUGUCUACCUCUGCCAACAACCUAUACAGUUUCACGCUCAACAGGAAUCUAAAGUGGGUCCUGUCUCCUACUUCUUCUCUCUCUUUUUAAAGUAUUGAAGUCUUCUGUAUUUUGUCUGGAGCUUAAAUUGUUUAACUGGUUGAACAUGCGGAUUUUAUUCCCCCCACUCCCACCCCCUCACCCCCUGGUAGGACUGGUAAUUUUUUGAAGGCAAAACCACAAUACUGGCUGAAAGUACUGUAUGUUUCACUUUUCAUGUCAAUAAAGGUUUUUUCUUUUUUGUA